AUGGUCAAGAUUGACCUUUGGGCAGCCGUGUCGCUGUUCGCUUUGAUUUCAACAGUGCAGAGCGAUGCUAGUGACUUUCUUGACCAGGCCAUCGAGUUGAUGGAGUCGAGCCCAUUGCUUGACACGCACAUUGACUUGCCUCAGAUCAUCAGGAGUUUGCAUCGACGACCACUGGACGCAUUGCCUCAGCUGAACAGCUCUUUUCCCGGGCAUGUCGACAUUCCCAGAAUGAGAGAAGGUCGACUGGGAGGGGCCUUUUGGACUGUCUGGGCGCCAUGCUACGAUGUGGUGGACGAAGACCCUGGCGCGGAUUUCAACACGCCGACUAAUGGGUUGAGAGACGCGUUGGAAAUGGUGGACAUUAUCCAGAACAUGAUCGCCCGACAUUCGCAGGACCUACAGUAUGCCAGGACAUCUUCCGAAGUAUGGGAUGCGUUCAGGGCGGGCAAAAUCGCAUCGCUCAUUGGUAUGGAGGGCACUCACUUGCUCGGAAACUCGCUGGGGGCACUACGCAUCUUUGGUCAACUGGGCAUUCGCUAUCUGACCCUGACUCAUACCUGCCACAGCGCAUUUGCUUCUUCAGUGGGACCUGGCACACCACUGGACGACGUGCACGAGGGGAAUGGGCUGUCCCAGCUGGGGAGAGAGCUGGUGAAAGAACUGAACCGCCUGGGGAUCAUGGUGGAUCUUUCCCACACCACUCCAGCAACCAUGAAACAAGCCAUUGAGCUGUCUGAGGCUCCGGUGGUGUGGACCCAUUCAGGAGCGCGAACGCUCUGGGACCACCCAAGAAACGUGCCAGAUGAUGUGCUCGCAUUGAUUGGAGAUGGACCCGGCCAGAAAGAUGGCGUUGUUCAAUCCAUCUUCUUCCCACCCUUCCUCGGCCCAUACCCGGGAACCAACACGACGCACGUCGCCAACCACAUUGAGUAUAUCGCGGGCAAAAUUGGGAGAAACCGCGUCGGGAUCGCGUCAGACUACGACGGAAUGUAUCUCACAGCAGAAGGACUGGAGGAUGCCAGCAAAUACCCCAACAUCGUGGCUGAGCUUCUGUCUCGAGGAUGGACGCCAGAGGAGAUGCGCGGCGUACUUGGCGGAAACCUGAUGAGGAUCAUGGAUCAAGUUGACGCUGUCAGUGAGAGACUGAAAGAUCGUCUACCCUCGUCGGCCAUCUGGGAGAAACGAACAGACCUGCCAUCUACCAAAUGGGGAGGUGGAGGGAGUCACGUCUAUUGGCCUGAAGACGUGAAGGUCAAGGUGGAGAAGAUGUACCUGCGUCACGACGAGUUGUAGAGGAACUGGUGGUUGAUUUUGACAACGACUUUGGGGGCAUUCUGUGAUGGUUAUCGCGCCUGCCUGCAUAAGCUACGUACGCAAUCCUUAUCGGAGCCGGAAGAACUCAUCCCCGCAAAAACGGUCAACCUCCAGAUUUCAACACCUCGGCACUUGUAUGUCUGCCAUGAUGACAGCCAACAAGUACGAGGUAGUAAGCCGCACUGGGGUCUGGGGAGCGUGUCAAGAGCUGAAAGAAGGAGAUGAAGAGAGGAGUCGACAG